AUGUGGUUUAAUAACCGGCAAAGCAGCUGUCAGCUGAAGUCAAAGAACCACGUUCAAAGAACCGCGUUCAAUAGAACCACGUUCAAUAGACCACACGUUCAAAAGACCACACGUUCAAAAGACCACACGUUCAAAAGACCCCACGUCCAAAAAGACCCCACGUCCAAAAAGACCCCACGUUCAAAAGACCACGUCCAAAAAGACCCCACGUUCAAAAGACCCCACGUUCAAAAGACCCCACGUUCAAAAGACCCCACGUCCAAAAGACCCCACGUCCAAAAGACCCCACGUCCAAAAGACCCCACGUUCAAAAGACCCCGCGUUCAAAAGACCCCGCGUUCAAAAGACCGCGUUCAAAAGACCCCGCGUUCAAAAGACCCCACGUCCAAAAAGACCCCACGUUCAAAAGACCCCACGUUCAAAAAGACCCCACGUUCAAAAAGACCCCACGUUCAAAAAGACCCCACGUUCAAAAAGACCCCACGUCCAAAAAGACCCCACGUUCAAAAGACCCCACGUUCAAAAGACCCCACGUUCAAAAGACCCCACGUUCAAAAGACCCCACGUUCAAAAGACCCCACGUUCAAAAGACCCCACGUUCAAAAGACCCCACGUUCAAAAGACCCCACGUCCAAAAGACCCCACGUUCAAAAGACCCCACGUCCAAAAGACCCCACGUCCAAAAGACCCCACGUUCAAAAGACCCCACGUCCAAAAGACCCCACGCUCAAAAGACCCCACGCUCAAAAGACCCCACGCUCAAAAGACCCCACGUUCAAAAGACCCCACGUUCAAAAGACCCCACGUUCAAAAGACCCCACGUUCAAAAGACCCCACGUUCAAAAGACCCCACGUUCAAAAGACCCACGCUCAAAGACCCCACGUCCAAAAGACCCCACGUUCAAAAGACCCCACGUCCAAAAGACCCCACGUUCAAAAGACCCCACGUUCAAAAGACCCCACGUCCAAAAGACCACGUUCAAAAGACCCCACGUCCAAAAGACCCCACGUCCAAAAGACCCCACGUUCAAAAAGACCACGUUCAAAAGACCCCACGUUCAAAAGACCCCACGUCCAAAAGACCCCACGUUCAAAAAGACCCCACGUUCAAAAGACCACGUUCAAAAGACCCCACGUUCAAAAGACCCCACGUUCAAAAGACCCCACGUCCAAAGACCCCACGUCCAAAGACCCCACCUAAAGACUAAGAAGACCCGCAGACCCCCCCUCCCCUCCCCCCUCCAGCAUCUUUUAAACCAAUAG